AUGUAUUUGAGCAACGUUCAACAAAGAUGUAAUGAAAUACUACCAGGCAAAGAUUAUCCAGGUUGGGAUAUACCAUCAUAUAAUCCUCUAUUUGGUUUACAAACAGUUGAAACAUGCCGACAGAAAUGUGAACAAACACAAGAUUGUUACACGUGGGCUUAUCGUUCUACUGAUCAGGCAUGUUUUCUAAAGUAUCCAAUGACUAAUGCACCUGUUGACAACAAUGUAAUAACUGCUGGUAGAUGUUCUCCUCCAUCAGCACCAACGAGAUGUACCGAACGAUUAGAUAAUAAAAAUCAAAUAUUUGGUGAUAUUGUACCUUAUAAUCCAAUACGUAAUUUACAGCUUGAAGAAUGUAUUGAUAGAUGUAAUAAUUUACCACAAUGUUUAAAAUGGACAUGGAAUAAAAAUAAUCAUGACUGUUGGUUAAAAACAAUAGAAGCAUAUCCACUAAACGAUGAUAAUUCAUGUAUUAGUGGUAGUUGUACUAAAUUUUUUGAAACUCUCGUUGGUAAAGAUUAUGUUGGCUAUGAUAUUGUACCAUUUAAUCCAAUACCUAAUGUACAAACAUUAUACGAUUGUAUUUUUAACAAAUGUGAUAAAACUCAGGGUUGUUUUGCCUAUAGUUAUAAACCAAAUACAAAAGAAUGUUAUUUAAAAGGCGUAACAAAAUGGUAUUGCAAGUGA